UUAAAUCUUUUUUAUUGAAUCAAACUGAUCCCCCUCAAAUCUCAGCCAUGGACCCUUCAGAACUCCCCACCGGUAGGCCGUCGCCGCCGAGGAAGGAACUCCAACUACAAGGCCCUCGACCGGCACCGCUCAAAGUUCGCAAAGAUUCCUACAAGAUCAGGAAACCACAAGUGGCGCCGCAACCAUCUCAGCCUCUUCCGCCGCCACCGCCGCCACAGCCACAACCACCUCGCCAACCGGUGAUAAUCUACACCGUCUCCCCCAAGGUAAUUCACACCACUGCUAGUGACUUUAUGACACUAGUCCAACGACUCACUGGCCCCAAUUCAUCUUCAUCUUAUGCUGUAACAUCAUCAUCAUCAUCAUCUUAUGUUGAUAAUAGUGGUGGUAGUACUGUUCUUGUUUCGCCGGCGGCACGGUUUGCCACCAUAGAAAAAGCUAAUUAUAACAGUAACAGCCCUUCAGAAGGGGAGAAAUCAAGAAAGGGUAGUAGUGAGAUGGUUGAUAUGGUGGAACUGGAAGGAUUAGAGAUUAAUGGUGGUGGAACAGUAGAGAGGACAACAGGUUUGUUCCCAGGGAUACUAUCACCUCUUCCAUCAUCUCUCCCACCUAUCUCUCCAACCUUCUUCUCUCCAACAUUACCUGACCCAAAUUCACUUGGCUUCUUACAAGAUCUAAGUCCUAUCUUCCAAGUUAAUAGGAAUUAUAUAGAGGGUACCUUAGUUCCAAGUCCUACAGCAUUCUUUUCUUCAGCUACUUUUCCUUCUCCUACUCCAUAUAUGGACCUCUUUAAUCAUUUAGACUUCUAAAGAGAGAAAGAGAGACACAGAGAUUGAAAGGAGAAGAGGUGGAGAGAAGAAAGUAAAAGUGA